AUGUUCUCCUCUUCCUACUUGUUGGUCACCGCGUGUUGUAUGUUCGCAACAUUGGGAUCCUUCCUUUUCGGAUAUGAUUCCGGGGUGAUCUCCACUGUCAUCGACCAGGAGACGUUCAAACACCGAUUUCAUAGUCCUUCGGAUGCCGCCACGGGCGGGAUCGUCGCCUCGUAUAACGGCGGCGCUAUCAUAGGUUCCUUGGUUGUCUCAUACCUCUCUGACCCGUGGGGUAGGAGACCCGUGCUGCUCGUUGGCGGUCUUCUGGCGACCCUGGGGGCUGCUUUGCAGGCGGGCGCGGUCAAUGUGGCCAUGCUCAUUGCUGGCCGCUUGAUUGCCGGCCUGUCGGUGGGACUGAUGUCAUCCAUCAUCCCCGUCUACUGUAGUGAGGUAUCCCCCCCGCGAAUCCGAAGCUUUUUAGGAUCCCUCCAACAAUGGAUGAUUGGAUUAGGGGCAGUCGUCGCACAAUGGGUCGGAUACGGCUGCUCUCUCCGCACAGGGAACUUCACCUGGAGCUUUCCGCUCGCCCUGCAAGCUCUGCCUGCGAUCGUCCUCAGCGGAGGAAUUUGGUUCCUCCCCGAAUCCCCCCGCUGGCUCAUCGAACAGGGUCGCACUGAUGAAGGCCGCACCACGCUCACCCGCCUCCACGCGGCCAACACCUCCCUCGUCGAGACCGAAUACGCGCAAAUCCGGGCCAGCAUCGCCGAGGAGCGACGCCGCGCCCCGCGCACCUGGCGUGCUCUCCUCUUCACCUCGGCGACCUGGCGCCAUCGCAUCCUCCUCGCCUGCGGCAUGCAAGCCUUCACGCAGUGCUCGGGCACCAACAUCAUCUCGACCUACAACCCAGGCCUCUACCGCUCGCUCGGCCUGUCCGAGACCACCUCGCUCAUGAUCCAGGGCAUCUGGGGCGCGCUCGCCCAGUUCUGGAACACCGUCUUCAUCAUCCUCUUCAUCGACCGGGUGCCCCGUCGCACCCUCCUUCUCCCCUCCCUCGUGGGCAUGGGCGCCACCAUGUGCAUCGAAGCUGCCCUCGGCCAAGCCUACCGCAACUUCACCACCGACCCGCCGGCGCCCGCGACCGCCGUCCGCGCCGCCAUCGCCCUUUUCUUCGUCUUCUCCGUCUUCUUCACCGGCCUGGGCCUCAUCUCCUGGCUCUACCAGUCCGAGAUCUUCCCCACGGCCAUCCGUGCCCGAGGAGCGUCGAUCGCCACCGCCACAAAUUGGAGUUUGAACCUAAUCUUCGCCCAGUGCACCCCGAUCGCGCGAUCACGCAUGGGCUUCAAUUACUUCUACUGCUUCGCCGCGUUCAACUGGGCCGCCGCCCUGCUGGUUUGGUUCGCCUACCCCGAGACCGCCGGCCGGUCGCUAGAGCAGGCCGAGCAUGUUUUCGAUCGCAGAGAGUCGAGAGAUGAAAUGGAUCAUCAUCAGGGGCUGGAGCUCCAGCAGGACAAGAAAGGGGGGCUAGCCAUGGUUUCUUCAGCGGAGGCGAGUGCAAAUCCCCUACACCACAGGUGA